UGAAAAAAAAAAAACAACAACAACUUGAAAACCUCCAAAUUUCCUGCUAGCAGUUAAGACAUUGGGCUGUUUCCUUAUUGACAUGUACCUCUUCGUACCUCUAUAAUUGUACUCUCUCGAUCGCUUCUCAGCCUUUUGACCAAGAUCAAGUGUAUAAUUUUACUUUCUCAGCUGAACGUGAAUGACAUUAGAUAAAGAUGAUUGACAAUGAUAUUUAUUCUGUGUUACAGUUGUCUACUGAGCCUCCAGCCCAGAAUGACUACAGACCACAGGAAAAAGUGUCUUCUCCCGGGUCCCCUCUCUCACGCCAUGUGGCGAUAGCUUUGGGACUUCUGAACGCCCUUCUUAUGUGUUUGCUGCUUGUACCGUGGAUUCUGUGCCAAGGUUCCACUCGUGCCAGCUGUCCUAGUUGCCCAGACUUCUGGGUGAGGUACGGCGACCACUGUUACUACUUCUCAGUGGAGAAAACCAACUGGGAUUCUAGUCUGGACUUCUGCUUAGCUGAAGACUCCCAUCUCCUUAUGCUUACAGGCAACCAGGAAAUGAGCCUGCUUCAACCUCUCCUCAAAGAGGACUUUUAUUGGAUUGGUCUGAGGAACAAUUCUGGCUGGAGAUGGGAAGAUGGGUCAGCCCUAAACUUUUCAAGGAUUAUUUCAAACAGCUUGAUACAGAAGUGUGGUACCUUCAGCAAAAGUGGUUUCCUAGGCUCUAGCUGUGAGGCUCUUUUACGGUGGGUCUGUAAGAAGGUCAGACUUUGAUGGGUGGAUCUGUCAUAUGGCUCCCUAAAAAGGGGGAGCCAGCCUCUGGGUGCUGGGGUAGUUAUGAGUGUAUAUUUAGUGAAAGCCGAACCUUCUAGAACAUGGCAUUAGAUGUAAGAUUAAUGCGAUUUCCCUGGGACUGAUGGUUUAUUGCCGGACUCUCUUUGAGAACAGUUAGAUAUUAACAAUUUAAAGAUCAGAUCUAGGAAAAUUUGUGAAAGAAAAUAUUGUUUUAGUACUUCUCACAGUAGUGACUGAUGCUGCCUUCUUCACCCCCAUUCCCACCAUCUCUGCCAAAAAUGUACCUUUUCUGUGUUAUGGUCUGAACUGGUCCGACGAUAUCCAUGCAAAUAUAUACUAUUGCUAAUGUAUUACAGAGUUUUGAUGUGUGCUAAUAGGCUGGCAUGUUACUUAUUCCUGAUAAUAUGUUUUUCUCCUAACAAUGGCCCUUUGCAAAUAAAGCUUUAUUCUAAAGAAUACUGCCAAUAGUGACACGUAGAAAGUGGAUAAAAACAGGGUGAGGCUUUCUGCUUCUCAGCUCUCUACCACUUAGAGACUUGGCCUUGGCUGAAUUUCAUUGUUCUGGGUAUGCGUAAGCGUGGAUGAAUAAACCAAUGUAUGACCAUAUUUUUCCA